CCUCUUGUCUUCUGAUUCUGAAAACACCUCACUUACACAAAAUCCCUCCUAAACCAAAAAAAAAAAAAAACAAGAAGUAGAAGAAACCCACGUCUGCACAGAAAAAGAAACAGUUAUCCUACUGAGAAAGAAUUUAGUGAGAGAGAGAGAGAGAGAUUUAGUACUUGGAUUAAGAAAGAAGAACAGGAAAAAAUGUCAGUGGCAUCCUCAAUUCCGUACAUCAAAAUCCCAAACCCUUCAUCAUCAUCAUCAUCAUCUUGCUCCUCUCUAUCUUCCUCUUCAUCAACCUCCUCGACAUCUUCUUACUAUAGGUUUUCUACAACAACUAAGCCUUAUAUUGUGACCAUAAGGAGCUCUCAAGCUGAAGGGCCUGUAAGGAGACCCGUGGCCCCUCCUCUUAGAGAACCUUCCCCGCCUGCAUCACCAUCGCCUCCCUUGAAGCCCGUUCCUCCCUCUUCACCGUCUUCUCCAGUGGCUCCACCACCCAAGCCAGCUGCUAAGGUGGCUGUGGAGGACAAAAAUGUGAUGACUUUGGAGUUUCAGAGACAAAAGGCUAAGGAGCUUCAAGAAUAUUUUAAGCAGAAGAAGCUUGAGGAAGCAGAUCAAGGUCCUUUCUUUGGGUUCUUUGGCAAGAAUGAGAUUGCUAAUGGGAGAUGGGCAAUGUUUGGUUUUGCUGUUGGGAUGCUAACAGAGUAUGCAACGGGCUCAGACUUUGUUGAUCAAGUAAAGAUUCUUCUGUCCAAUUUCGGGAUAAUAGAUCUGGAAUAACUUCACGCUUGAUCUCAGAGCCAUGGAUACCUUUUGAUCUCUGCAAUUGCCUUCUUCGUCCUCAAAGACACCUAUACGUUUUGAUUUCUGUAAUUGCUGUAGCAUAUACAUUGUUUUGCAACUCCUUCGGUGAUCUAUAUUAUCUCGACUUCAAUGGACAACAUCCAUUUUUAUA